UCAGUGAUGGCGGCUUCGUUUCGGUCUCUUUCUGCAAUCUGUAACAAAUGGUACUACAACCGGCAGCAGAUCGAGAACAGCCCGUCUAAGAGAGCUGGGCUUGAUCCCGACAAGGAGCUGUCCUACAGGCAACAAGCGGCGAACCUGCUGCAGGACAUGGGCCAGCGGCUCAAUGUAUCCCAACUAACAAUUAACACUGCCAUUGUGUACAUGCACCGGUUCUACAUGGUCCAGUCAUUCACCAGGUUCCACAGAAAUGUUAUUUCUCCUGCCGCUCUGUUUCUCGCUGCAAAGGUUGAGGAGCAGCCCCGAAAGCUGGAACAUGUCAUCAAGGUUGCCCAUGCAUGUCUCAAUCCUCAGGAUCCCUCGCCAGAUGUGCGCAGUGAUGCUUACCUGCAACAAGCCCAAGACCUGGUCAUUCUUGAGAGCAUAAUUCUCCAGACCCUGGCUUUUGAAAUCACAAUUGAUCACCCUCACACUCAUGUUGUCAAAUGCACUCAGCUUGUCAGAGGUUUUCUUUGUUCCGUUAUUCCAGCCAGUAAGGAUCUUGCCCAGACGUCCUACUUUAUGGCCACCAACAGUCUGCACCUGACCACAUUCUGCCUGCAGUAUAGUCCUCCUGUCGUGGCCUGUGUGUGCAUUCAUCUGGCCUGCAAGUGGUCCAACUGGGAAAUCCCCGUGUCCACAGAUGGGAAACACUGGUGGGAGUACGUUGAUUCCACAGUUACUCUCGAGCUCUUGGACGAGCUCACACACGAGUUCCUGCAGAUUCUGGAGAAAACUCCCAGUCGACUGAAACGUAUUCGAAAUUGGAAGUGGCCAACUGAAUCUCUUUGUGGCUUCCAGGCUGGAGGCCAGACACCAAAAGUCAAGUCAAAAGUCCAGGAAGACGGUGACCAGAGGGACGCUAUGAUCAGCAUGAUCUCUAUGGCCUCAUCUGAAAGUACUGUGGCGGGCCUGAUGAGCCUCUCUGCUCCACCUUCCACUUCCUCCUCCUCCUCAUCUGUGGGGGACAAGGACAGGGGGGCGUCUGGGAAUGCUCAGACUUGGAGUGGCAAAGGUCAGUCCGGAGCAGAGCAGCAGCCCAACAAUGAGGUCCAUGCCCCAGCCAAAGUAUCGUUGAGCGAGUACCGUGCAAAGAACGCUGAUGUCCUGGCAGCCCAGAAGAGGAAGCUGGAGAACAUGGAGGCCAGUGUAAAGAGGGAAUACGCCAAUGCAGCUCAGGCUCUCAUUGGUCAGCAGCAGAGGAAGGAGAAGCAGCAGCAUCAUCACCAGCAGACUGGCUCUUCCACCUCCUCUGAUAUGUCCAACCCAUCACCCAUUAUUCUUAAAAUUCCCUUGGAAAAGGAAAGACAUGACAGGCCUCUAAAGGUGCGCUUUCCACUCGCUGGGGGAGGAGGCGGUAGUGGCCACAGUGGCAACGCCCGAGGUCAGGAUCCAGACAUCAAAGUCCGAAUACGAGUACCUGAGAAGCAAAGAGGAGGUUCAGGCGAGGAAGGCAAGAGCAGGGACAAACACAGAGAGCGCUCGAACCAUCACCACCACAGCCAUCAUCACCACCACCAUUUAUCCUCCAGCAGUGCUUCACUCUCUUCCUCACACAAACAUUCAUCUAGUUCCAGUGGGGCACUGGGAAGCAGCAAAAAAGUCUCAAGUGACUCGUCAAGAACAACCUCGUCUUCCUCUUCCACGUCACGAAAGAGGACACACUCCCAGGAUCCCACAGCAGGUUCUCACCCAGCCUCUAAAGUCAGCAAGUCCUCGAGGAAUCCCUACCAGCUACUGUCCCUGUCUUCCUCUUCUGGUCCAACUCAGGGUCACGGUCCUGAUGCUCUCCCUUCCCUGGGCAUUCCCCACCACCAAGGGACCUAUUCGUACUCAAAAAGUGACAAGAUGGACACUAAUGGCCACAGUGUAGCAGGUGGAGCCCAAUCAAAUGAAUACCAGGACACUUUUGAAAUGCUAAACUCACUGCUGAGUGCACAGGGGGUGCAGCCGUCCCAGCCGUCCAUGUUUGAAUACAGAUCUCAAUAUGGGGACUAUCGGCUGACUGGUGGCUCCAGGGGGAGCAACCCCAGGCCCCCGCCGCUGCCUUCAGAACCCCCUCCCCCACUCCCUCCCUUACCGAAAUGACCUCCUAACGUCAGGGACUAUGUUGUGUACAUUGACAUUAUUUGACAUCACAGUCAAUCCAUGUUGUUACAUAAAGUAUUGUAUAGUGUUUUUCUAUUCACCCAUCAUUUUUGUAGGCUUCAGGGUGACAGCAAAGAAAUGUACUUGUGCGAUUUAGUUUUUUUUUUUUUUUUUUUUUUUACUUUUUACCUGUGCGGCAAUAAGAAAGAUUUAAAUAUUUGCAAAAUGUGAGGGAAAGCAAAUGGGUAAAGGGAAGUGUAGAUAAUUUGUUUCCUUUUUGCUCCAUUCUACUGAAAUGUGAUGAUGGGAGCUGUUUUCUUUUUUAAAAAUAUCUUUAAAUCAUACACAUAUACCAGUUGGGCCCUCCUAACUAAUUGUCUGAUUGUAAUGUUUUUAUAGUUGUUAUUUAUUGAUUUAUUGUAUUUUUUUAAAAGUACAUGGUCCCUCUACGACCUUUUUAAGGUUCCCUUCAGUUAUGGAAGACCAUAGGGAGAAUUUUCUUUCAAGACUGUACUGGGAAGUUUGAGAACGCAUGUCUCAAAAGCCACCUCUAAGCUUCCUGUUUAAUUUUUUUUUUUUAAUUUUUUAAAGCCAUAUUAUCAAAGGAAAAAACAUAACCCUGUGGUUUGUUUUAGUUGAUGUAUUAUUUGGUUGAACUUGUACAAAGAAUGCAAAAUGUUUAAAACAAAAUAUUUUUUAACGGUUUGUAAUGGAAAAUUGGUAAAGAAAAAGAAAAAAGUUGUACUUUUUAGACUUUGAGUGUUACAGUCAUUGUUUUAAAUGGUUGUAAAAUAUUCUGUUUUCUGAUGACUACACUAACUUCAUGAAAUAUAUCUGUUCAUAAGUUUAAAAAUCUCUAAUAUGGUCAAAUUGAAGAUGAAUUGUUUUAAUUUCUUUAGAGAACUGUGACCUGGUAAUCAUUUUGGACAUGUGAACAUUUUUUUAAUUUUUUUUAAGGGUGCGUGUUUACGUCCAUAAAUGUUAAUCUUAAAACUAUUCUGAUUUAAUCAUGUUGAAAUUGUUUUUUGGCUCCAUAGCUUCAAAUUAUUUGAUGUGAAUACAUUUGCAGUUUCCUCUUCUUCAAAAAUCCUUGCAUGUGUUCUGUGCCCGUGAAAAGUUAUAGAUGGCUAGCAAGCUAACGAAAUACCUCUGUAAGAGGAUAUUGUACAUGAAGUCCAAUAACUGUUUUUAAAUUUCCUGUUUUGGUAAAAUAGGGAAAAAGUUAUAUCUACUGGCAAUAGAAUGGGUACCAUCUUUACAUGUCAUUCAUAUAAAUAUUUUAUGGUAUUGAUCAUGUAGUAUUGCAGCUUUUAAUCUCCUUCUUUUUGGGUUUUCAACAAAAACGUGUUUGAUUUUGGCAGUUUACAGUAAUGCAGUACAACAAAUCAGCCAUACAAUUAAUUGUGAAAUGUUUGUUCCCUUGAUUUAUAGAAAAAAGUUAAUUGCUCAGGCAGCAUAGGUUGUCAUUUUUCAAUACUUGGUUGUAACUGGGAAAUGGUUAAUGCACUAAAUGUUUUUCUUAGGUUUUGCAUACAGUGCAACUGAAAAGGUGUUACAUGUGUAAUGAUGGAUUUCCAAAAUAUAAUUUAAAAAAUGUAUGUUAUUUGAACCAAGCAACUCUUUCAACUUGGAUAUUAACAUAUUGUGAGAAACUUUUAAACAUAAAAUGCAUUUCAUAGUGAAACCAUGCAUAUAGAUAUAUUUAAUAUAUAUUUAAAAGAAAAACGGAAGACACUCAUGCAACCAAACAAUGCAAAAGAAAAAAAAACAUGAUUCUGCAUCUUGGUGUUUUCUUAGACACUCAGGUCUGGAAAUAAAACAUUUUUUUUGUUUUCAUUAUAAAACAUGUCAACUGUGUUCUUUUUGAUAUGAUGUGGUUGAUUUAUUCUGAAAGUCAUUAAAUAUUUUA